AUGAAGAUGUUGGUGGAUUUUGCUUACACUGGAGUGCUGGAUGUGGGACAGCGACGGUUCAGAAUGUUACGUCUAUCGGCUUUUGAAGUUGGUAUGAAUCGCCUAGUGGACCUCAUUGAUCAUUGUGCUUGUAAACUAGAAGACGAGGAAAAGGAUUUGAACCAGUAUGGGGUGUGUGGUAUGAAUUUUUCAAUCCCUGUGGAUGAGAACGCUUCCGGAAAUCCAAGUACAAGGCACGAUUUUCAGCACGGUGAUCGAGCUGAAGACAGCAAAGUGAAUGGAAAUUCCGCACCCCUAACCUUUUAUCCUGAAGAUAUCACUGCUCAAGCCGCGGAUGACUAUGACUCGAUUUACGAAGAGUAUGUCAUGGGACCUCGCCGUGGUAGAAGAACCACCGUUCGUAUGCAACCUGAUGGCAAGAAUGGCGAUGCUACUGUGCCAGCAGUUACAAUGUCGUUCCUUCAAGAAAAUGAAAGAAGAACAUCAGAUAUCGAUAGUUUUGGUUACGGUCUCCCAGAAAUUGUCGGUACCAGUGAUGUCACUGUUCCACUGAUUGUGGGCGAUCAAAGG